AUGUUCUUUUUGGACGCAUUUCUUAAAGGCCUCAAACCACAAUACGAUGAUGAUGCUUGCGAUCGACUCAAUACUCUAUACCCGAUGCUUUUUCGUCAUUUUCUCUCUCAAUUAGCGCUAAACAGUAUGUCGGUCAACCCAUUCAGUGCUGGAUUCCUGCACAGUUUACAGGAGCAUGGGAACAAUACAGUGAGAAUUACUGCUUCGUGCAGAACACGUACUUUGUCCGACCAGAUAGCUACAUUCCGGACAGCGUGA